GACUUAGCAAACGUACUACUACAGAAAAGCUACGGGAGGCAUUUUCCCAGUUUGGUGAAGUUGUUAAUGCUAGAGUGGUUACUGACAGAGUAUCAGGUUACUCUAAAGGGUUUGGCUUUGUAAGAUAUGCCACCGUAGAAGAAGCUGCAAAAGGCAUUGAGGGCAUGGAUGGAAAGUUUCUGGAUGGUUGGGUGAUAUUUGCGGAGUAUGCAAGACCAAGACCACCACCGGGACAACCUGGACAACCUAUGCCUCCUCCGUAUGGCCAGCAGUACUAAUUCCGAUUAUUUGCCUCGUAAUUGUACCUCAUUGAAUUGGUGUUACAUUUGAUGAUUAGAAGAAAAACAUUAUUUUAUAAAAUC